AUGGACACCAACAACUCUGGCGACAAGAAAAAGCUCAGCGUCGAAAUGGAGCAAGUCAACCAAGACGACAAGCUUGCAGAUGAUAUCCCCCCCGGAGAAGUCCUCGACGCCGAAAAUGAAUUCUCAGAUACAUACUACCGCAAACUCCUCUGGAAGAUUGACCUUUGGCUCCUCCCACUCAUGUGGCGUCCAAGCGGUGUUUGGUAUCCGAGAAGACACAGGUCUUGUCGGAGACAAUUCAACUGGCUCAGCACAAUCUUCUACCUAUCAUAUCUCGUCUGCGAAGCCCCAGGAAACUGGCUGAUGCAAAAAUCCCAUACCGGAAAGUUCUUGUCCAUCGUCAUGGUGCUUUGGGGUGUCAUUGUUCUGUGCAUUGCCUUUGCCAAGAACUUCGCACAUCUCAUGGUCUUGAGAGCCAUCCAGGGUGUCUUUGAGUGUACUAUCUCGCCCACUUUCAUGCUCAUUACUGGCGCAUUUUAUACCUCCCAGGAACAUACGCUUCGAUCUUUGAUCUGGGGUACUUCCAAUGCUGGAAUGAACAUCAUUGCCGGAUUGAGUAUGUACGGAAUUGGCCUUCAUGCUGAGAAGCACCCAGGAGACCUGGCUGCAUGGAAAGGGAUAUCCUUCCUCCUCGGAGCCUUGACAAUUACUUGUGGCAUACUUGUAUGGUUCAUCCUUGGAACUCCCCGCGAAGUACGAUGUUUGAGCGAAGAAGAGAAACGCGCUGCCAUAGCUCGUGAUCAGGUCUGGGCCGCGUUUAAAGAUCCGCAAACCUACUUCUUUUUCUUUAUUACCAUCAUCAAUGCCCUCCCUAAUGGUGCCAACACGACAUUCUCGAAGCUCAUCUGGAAGUCAUUCGGAUUCACGCCCCUGGAGACACUGCUCAAAGGCUCUACUCCGUACUACUGCGUCAGCAUCUACUGGUUCUUGGUUGUCGGAUAUGUGACCUUGAAGAAGCCUAAUAUUCGAUUCCUCAUGAUGAUGUUCUCCCUUAUACCUGCUUUUUCAGGAAUGAUGGCCCUAGCCUUUUUGCCUCAGGAUAGCAUGAAAUGGACCAGAUGGGGCAUGUAUAUUCUACAAGUCUUUGGAUCACUUCCUGGGCUCAUGAUCUGGACGUUUCUUCCUUCGAACGUUGCUGGCAGGACCAAGAAGACUGUCACUGCUACUACAAUCUUCGUCGCAUAUUGUGUUGGCAACGCAGUUGGUGCACAGAUGUUUGUUGCCUCUGAUGCCCCGAGAUAUAUCAGAGGCUUGACCGCCUGCGCCAUUCUCUAUUGUGUUGAAUUCUUGAGCAUGGCUUCAUGGAGAUUCUACUAUAUCUGGGAGAACCGACGCCGUGCUAAGAUGAUUCGUGAGCAAGGUAUCUCGGAGGAGGAGAGCGAGCGUCUGGGUAGGCUCAAUGCUGAAGCUGAUAUGACUGACCGAGAGAACAUUCACUUCAAGUACAAGGAUUAA